AUGGAGCCAACAGUCAGGGUUCGAUGCAUAGUGUGCGGUGCCGACAUAGAACGUGAAGGCCGAUCGGAGGAUACCUGGCUGCAAUCAUACAGUAUGGUAUAUCGUACCGAGCAGGUAGUGCAUGUAUCGGCCAUAGGAGUACGAAGGCGACAGAACGACGAAGCAAGCUUCAAGGUCCCGGUACAGAAGUUUACGAGCAACAAUGAAGCCUGGAUCCAGGUUCCUAUUCUGCAGGAGGCUGACAGCUGCUUUGGGUUCCUCCUUCACAAUGCAUGCUGGUGCCUCCUCGAACGCAGAGCUUGGCCAUUGGCGAUAUCAUUGCCCAGGCUGUAUGAGGUAUUCGACUCCGCCCCCAGAGACUGGACCGAUAUGCAGUCAUGCUGCUACACUUGGGAUCACAUGUACGAAGGAACGACUGGCUUCGUUCCCCUGCAUUGGAGGGGGGAGGGCAUGCGUUGGCCGUGGGAAGAAAGGCGUUGGCGCGAAACAUGGCGAUCGGUAACGGUCAAGAAAGCAUUUCUUCGAAGCCCUUUUGCGUGUACAGUUUAUGAUCUGAUAAGGAUUGCUCCGACGCAGUCCAUGCCGUUCGACUUCUCAGCUCUGACUGAAUCAUCAGUUGUCAGUGACGGUUUCACCCGUCUGCCGUUCGAAAUUGUGGAGGAAAUAGCAUCGUAUUUGCCAACAGCCACGGUCCUUCAACUUCGAUCCGUGUCCAGGGCUUUUACUCGGUUGUUCUAUAGCCAAAUGUUUUGGGCUUCCCGGUUCAAAGGUGAUUUCGAGCGUAGCUUCUUAUUCGAAGCUCACGAAACGCGUUCGCAUCGUGAUUGGCGCUGGCUGUAUCAGCGAACGAGGAAUGUCCAUCUAGCUUAUCCUGGUUUGGAGAACAGACUGCGGAUCUGGCGCUUGACCGAGUUGCUCCUGAAAAAGCUUAACCUGUCGCUUGCGGACUCAUCCACUCACUUGGCGAUCAAGCGGCGAUUAUCAAACUGGGAAAGGGCUGAGGUUCAUGGGGACAUUCUUGUUGGAAACGAACUGAGAAGGAAAGGAUCAGGCUUGCGGAUUCUUACACACGAGACACAGGUACCACCCGAUGUCCAGAAAAUUGGGGUUUCCGUUCUCGAGGAUGGAGAAACAACUUAUGUUGCCGGAAUACAGCUUGUUCAUGGCUCAGACCAGCAAAUUAUUCAGCUUGGUUACGUUACUACUUCUGCAAGCACGACCUACACUGAGGUGGGCUCUUUGGACGGGCUUAUAGUGUCUGUCGGAUCAAGAGGGAUCCACGCACUCCAGAUUGUUCAUAGCAAGAAUGGAAGUCUGUCUCCGUGGCUUGGAUGCCCCCAUAGUGGCGCAAAGACGAGGCGUCUUGCUUUCCCUGAACGAGUCGUUGCCUUGUCCGUGGGACUGGAUGGUUAUAAAAUGGUCUAUAUCUCGAUUUGGGGCAGAAGAAUGGGCGGGCUCAAGAAGCAGGAGCAACAUGAGCCCAUAAUGGAUAACCUCCUGUGGUUCCCGGAACUUCCUGACUCCACCGCACAUCUUAAUGUAUCGUCUACCUUUGGCAGUAUGGACUCUAGCACCAAAGGGUUCCGGCCUGUGAUAUGCACCUCAUUUGGCGGCCCUGGAGGAGCCGACCUUCAGUCUCUAAUACGAGUGUUUGCAACCAUGAAUCACAGCUGCCUGGUGAAUAUCGGCUUCGGUUACAAGUCUGAAGUUACAUGCUGUCCGCAGCGAAUGCUUUCGCCAAACCAGUCAAACGUUGGAAUCCAGUCCAUGGAGAUUAACGGGCCAGAAGGAGAGUUCAUCGAGAAGAUUGAAGUUGGAACUCGCCAAUGCGAACCUGAUAUCAUAAGUGGACUCAGGUUGACAACAAAUCGGGGAAGAAGCUGUACAUUCACGGGCAGCUUCUGCGGGUGCGAACAGUACACGCUUCUCAGAACGGCAGCCGGGACGAUUCCCACGGGGCUCUAUGCGACACAGGAAAGCGAGGGCUUCGAGAACAUGGGAAUCAUUUCUCACAAGGUGGAGCCUUGGUAG